AUGUAUGCCACUCUCGCUAUGGGUAGCAAGUCACAGAGCCAUAAGAAGGUUGAUACCAAGCGCCCCUGGGUGAUGAAAGUGUAUUACACAAACACUAAAGUUCUUUUUACAGUCUGUCUACUCAAUGAGAUGUUCUUCAUCUCUCUAUACCUCCUCUCCUUCUCAUCACGUCGCUUGAUGCCAAUUCUUGUCGACACAGGUGGAGACAUACACUCAUUGCAGGACGGCGCAGCCUUGGAUCUGCAGUCAAUAUGGACAACUCCGUGGAGUGCAGGCGCGAUGGAAAUGGCUAGAUCCAAUAAGAUAGACAGCCGUGUACCAUGGGUCGCACUUUGCAUAUCCAGUGUCUUCAUGCUUUUCAAACAAUAUGUCAAUGUCAUCCAGCUAGUCGAAGCUAGCAAAUGGCUUGCUGAGGGGGAUGCUAGAAGAAGGAAGACGUCAACAGGCUUUGCGAGACUGACCGUCAAGUAG